CAUAAUACAACCUUGAACAGUAAAAUAUAAUCAGUCGCCAGUGUUAUAGGUUGUAGUUGAGAUGUAUUUCUACGGAGCUGGACUUUUAUCCGUUUUUAUAUGUAUUAUUUUCUUCUGGAUCAGAUGGAGAAAGAGAAGAAUGAAUUUAUUCCAAAGAUACGGUAUUCCGGGACCAAAACCUCAUUUCAUAACUGGAAAUAUGAAAGAAUUUCAUGAAAAGAGAACUAAAUGUGCCGAAGAAUGGAUAAAAAAAUAUGGAAACAUCUUCGGAUUCUUUAUUGGAGGCAAACCUUUUAUCGUUUGUACCGACGUCGACUUAAUCAAAAUCGUUCAAGUAAAAGAAUUCAAGAAUUUUACCAAUAAAGACUUACUAUUACCUGAUGGAGGGAUUCCUCAUAAGUUAAUGUUCGACUUUUUAGAAAUACAAAAGGAUGAAACAUGGAAAAAUACGAGAUCUGUCAUUAGUACAUCAUUUACUUCUGGAAAAAUUAAAAUGAUGAGCACACUCAUGGAUGAUCCGAUUAAAAUAUUUCUAAAAAAUAUACAAAAACAGAAGGAUGAAUAUUUCAAUAUUCAUCAACACUUUAAAAACCUUACCUUUGACAUCGUCUGUCGAUCUGCUUUCGGAAUUGAAACAAACGUACAGAAUGGCGAAAUUACAAAUCUCGUGAAAGCCGUAUAUAAUGUUUUCAGUUCUGAUUCUACUGAUAUUUUAUCCGUAUUAUCACUUUGUUUUCCGGAAUUCGAACCUGUUCCCACGUAUGUAAGAUGGUUUCUAGAUGCUAUCAAGAAUGUAAUCAGGCUUUCUUCCAUAAGAAUUCUCAUCGAUACUUGUAGACAGAUCAUUGAUUCUCGCAAGAAAUCUAAUUAUCAUCCUCCCGAUCUAUUGCAAACUUUAUUGGAUGCAGAAGGCGACUCGAGUGUUAAGAUGAAAAAACUUAGCACUGAUUCUGUAAUAGCCAAUGCAGUAGGAUUUAUGGCUGCUGGCUACGAAACGACCAGUAUAACUUUAGGGUGGUGCGUACACUAUGUUUCCCAUUAUCCUGAUGUCCAGGACAAAAUGCGCCAAGAAAUUAAUGAUAAUGUUAAAGAAAGUGUAAAUACAAAUUUUAUAAGUACUCAUUGCUUUUAUGAAAUUUUAUAAAAUUAAAUCACUAAUUUAAUACGUACUAUAUAACUGGAUUGCUGUA